AUGAUUGGGAGGGGAUUGGAACACCUGAAUCACAUGAUUGGGAGGGGAUUGGAACACCUGAAUCACGUGAUAUGGAGGGGAUUGGAACACCUGAAUCACAUGAUAUGGAGGUGAUUAGAACACCUGAAUCACAUGAUAUGGAGGGGAUUGGAACACCUGAAUCACAUGAUAUGGAGGGGAUUGGAACACCUGAAUCAUAUGUUAUGGAGGAGAUUGGAACACCUGAAUCACAUGAUAUGGAGGGGAUUGGAACACCUGAAUCACAUGAUAUGGAAGGGAUUAGAACACCUGAAUCAUAUGUUAUGGAGGAGAUUGGAACACCUGAAUCAUAUGUUAUGGAGGAGAUUGGAACACCUGAAUCACAUGAUAUGGAGGGGAUUGGAACACCUGAAUCACAUGAUUGGGAGGGGAUUGGAGCACCUGAAUCACAUGAUAUGGAGGGGAUUGGAGCACCUGAAUCACAUGAUUUGGAGGGGAUUGGAGCACCUGAAUCACAUGAUAUGGAGGGGAUUGGAGCACCUGAAUCACAUGAUUUGGAGGGG